AUAUAUCGCCGGGUUUUGUAAAAUGGAACACCUUGUUACUUUCUGCUGCAGUCCGAUAUUUACGACAUCAUGUUUGAAGGAUUGGGAGAAGUUCGGCAGGAAGAAUUUUCUAACAAAGUGCAAGGAAGGUGGAAUGGCUGGAUCUGUCAAAUUGUUCACGGAUUUGGUAUUGAAGUUGAUAAAUGGAGAAGGGAAAAUUGAUAUACUUGCCAAAUUAGUUCCUGAGUUAUUUAAAAUAUUUGGUGGUAAUGGAUCCUUUGAAUCCGACCUGUUAGAUUCCCUUUGGUUAAUUGACUCGUCAAUUGCUGAUAUUAAAUCAGAAUCUGUUCGAGAUCGUUUCUAUCGGUUAAUAGAAAUUCUGAAGAAUCAUGUGAAUCCUGCUUUGAUUAUGGAGAGAUUUUGUGAAGAGACCUUGGAAAACCUGUCAUUCAUUCAAUCGAAACAACAGUUCCAAACGCGUUAUGUUCGCACUAAAACGCGUUUAUUUUUCAAACAACAAAAAUUUAAUUUGCUACGUGAAGAAAAUGAAGGCUAUGCCAAGCUGAUCACAGAAUUAUGUCAAAUAAAGUCAACUGCGUCGAUGGAGGCCGCAAUGGUUCAGAUUCGAUCAUUAAUUGGUUAUUUUGAUUUGGAUCCAAAUCGUGUCCUGGACCUGAUAUUAGAUGUUUGUGAGUUCCGUGGUGAUAUGUACGAGGAAUUUGUUCAGUUGAUACGACUUUACAACCCUGAUAGAAUAGAUAUGACUAAUAUAUUGGGACACAAAUAUCAUUUUACACAAGAACCCGGUGUCAAUACACCAGAGUCAUUGUACAAAGUUUCAGCAUUUUUAAUUUGGAAAAAGUUAAUUGACUUGGAUGUAUUAUACGGACACUUAACUCCAUCCGAUGCGGAUAUUCAGCAAUCUCAUAAUCGUCAAAUUAACUUGGCUAAAUCUUAUCGUCCACAACCGCCGGCAAGUUUAUCUUAUUCAGCAACUUCUGCGAUCAAUACCUCGUUGAAUACUGCAAUCAACUGUGAUUUAAUUCGUGUUGAUGGUCUAUUGAGCCAGGAUUCUCAACUUGGUGGUAGUGGUACUACUUCUGUUUCUGGGACAUUGAUGACGAACGAUUGGACUGGUCCUAGGACGUCAGGAGCGCUAACUUCUCGCUCUGCAGAAGAGCUAAUGCAAUUGGAGGAGAAUCCCGAUGUAAAUUUAAGUAAAACGAAUUCACAUGAUGUUAGUGAAGUUGGUAUGAUAGAUAUAAGUAUUGAUCAAGAUGGAUUGUAUGAAAAUAACCAAAAAUUGGAGUUAUGUGCUGCCAUGGUUCGUUUAGGCGAUUGGACAAAUGCUCAACGUCUGUUAGAACGCCUACCUGGUUACUGGGCAACUACAUAUGAACCUUUAACACGAGACAUAUGCAAUUUGUUGCAUUGUUUAAUUGAACCUUUGUACAAUAAAGCUUGCCCUUUACCUGCCUGUUUACAACGUAAUCGUUUUCGACCGAGAAUCGAGUCAUUCAAAGCAUUAAAUGCAUCUAUUAAUUUACAUGGUAUUGAUGAGAAAUCGUCUGUUGAUUGUGAAAUACAUGAAGACAGUCGGACCAUUACAAAUAAUAAUAACAAUAAUAAUGAUUGUAUUCUAUUAUCACCUGUUCAUGAUUUUGUUGGCCUUGCCAAGUAUGUAAUACCAAUAGCAAUUUAUUUAGGCCCGCAUAUGUCAUAUGAUUUAAUAUUAAUAGUGAAGUUUUGUCGUCUUGGUCAAAUAUAUCUUUCUGAACAGCAACAAAACCUUCGGUCUGACAAGAUUGGAAUUGUUUAUCAAGGAUUUUUUAAUUUAUUAGAUGAAGUGCUUCUUCCGUCGUUGAGUUUGGUUGAUGCUAAUUGUUGUUUGGCUGAAGAGAUUUGGCAGAUGUUACGAUUUUUGCCUUAUGAACAUCGAUAUCGGUUAUAUGGACAAUGGAAACAUUUCAACGUUCAAACUGAACCUAGCCUAAUACGUCGGCGGGCUCAAGUAAUGUGCUAUGCUAAGGCGAUUAUGAAACGAUUGAGCAAGGAAAACGUUAAACCAAUGGGUAGACAUCUUGGAAAAUUGUCACACAGUAAUCCAGGUUUAUUAUUUGAUCACGUCUUGCAUACAGUUCAACUGUUUACAAAUCUUAUAAAUCCUGUUGUUGAAGCAUUGAAAUAUGUUAGCAGUUUAGGCUAUGAUAUGCUAACUUUUUGUAUUAUUGAAGCACUUGCCACAGAUCAAUCGAAACUGGAAGAUUUACAAUUAAGUCAAGGUUUACAAGCAUUGUCGUUGUUUACUGGAUUGUUGUGCAGAAAGUAUCAAUUCGAUUUGGCUGGUUUGUUACAAUAUGUACUGAAUCAAUUAAAAGUUGGUAAAAGUUAUGAUUUGGCAAUAUUACGUGAAAUUCUCCAUCGUAUGUCUGGUAUCGAUAUCUCGGAAGAAAUGACGGAAGAACAAUUAGAAUCCAUGUCAGGUGGUGAAUUACUAUUGCAAGAAGGUGGUUAUUAUGCACAGAUACGUAACACACGUCGUAAUGCUGGACGUCUUAAAGAUGCCUUGGUUGAACAUAAUUUGAUCAUGCCAUUUAUUUUUUUAAUGGCUCAACAGCGUGAUGCUAUCAUAUUUCUAGAUGAUCCAGAACGUCACUGUAAAUUAGCUGGGCGUUUAUAUGAUCAGUGUCAAGGUACUCUUGUACAAUUCAUAACAUUUCUUAGUCUUCAAUUAACUCGUGAUGAAAUGCAAACUCAGUGUUUAAAUAUUGACAGAAUGAUGGGUGAAUUUCAUGUUCCAGCUGAUACUGCCUUUUGUUUUCAUCGUAAUCUGUUUGAACAAAAAGUUGCUCGUUUAUUUGAAAGCAAAGAACAAGCAGAAACAAUGAAAUCUGGUGAAAAAUCAAAGUCAUUCAGCAAGACAAUUUUCUCAGCUGCUUCUUUACAUGUGUGCAAUGAAAUAGCUGCAGCUAUACGUCCAUUAUAUCCAGCUCGUGUAUGGGAUGAAUUAGGCAUUGUGUUCUUUAUCACAUUUUGGAGCUUACAGUCAAGUGAUUUAGUUGUCCCCGAAUCCGCCUAUCAACGACAAAUACAACAAUUAAAAGAGCAGAUUCAACAAAUUGAUACGCCGGCUAGUGGAUGGAAUUCAACAAAAAAGAAACGUGAGAUAGAACGUUUAGAAAAUUUAAUUGAACGUCUAACCAAUGAACAAGCUGAACGGGAAGAACAUGUAACACGUGUACGUGCUUGGCUUAUGACUGAACGUGAUAAUUGGUUUCAAACACGAUUAGCUACAAAAACUGAUACUAUUACACAAUUCUUACAAUUAUGUAUAUAUCCUAGAGUGUGUUUCACCGCAACUGAUGCUAUCUAUGCGGCACAAUUUAUGCAUGUUUUGCAUCAAUUAAAGACUGCACGAUUCUCUACGCUGAUUUGUUUGGAUCGAAUUUUUAAUGAUAUAACGUUGCCAACCAGUAUGUGUACAGAAAAUGAAGCGCAUCGUUACGGUCGAUUUUUAUGUGCAGUCUUAGAACUUGUGAUGCGUUGGCAUGCCAGUGAAGAAGUGUUCAAUCAAGAAUGUGGUCAAUAUCCUGGUUUUGUUACUGUCUUCAGAAAGACAUAUCAAGGUUUAGAUGCGAAUACUAAACCAGACCAAUUGCAGUAUGAGAAUUAUCGUCAUGUUGUACAUAAAUGGCAUUAUCGUAUUACAAAAGCAAUUGUUGCUUGUCUAGAAUCUGGUAAUUAUGUUCAAAUUCGCAACGCAUUAAUUGUAUUAACACGAAUUCUACCUCAAUAUCCGAAAAUCACACAGUUCGGAAGUGCUGUUGAACGACGUGUAAAUAAACUAAAAGAUGAAGAGAAAGAUCGACGUCCUGAUUUAAAGGCUUUAGCAUUCAGUUAUGCUGGCCUAAUGCGUCCACGUAAAGUUAAAUGGGUUAGUGAGGAAGAAUUUCAUUUGAAAGAAACUAAACCAAUUCGCUCAGAGACGAAUACAAAUUAUUCAAGUAAUCAUCAAAGCAUCAACAGUGGUGGUAACACUAAUCGUACUGUAUCAAAUCCUGACAAUAGUUCCGGAACUACUGUCAACUCAACUAGUUACGGUCAUAAUCCACGUGGACAUUCCGGUUCAAAUCAAUUGACCAGUUUUUCGAAUGCGCCUUCAAAUAUAAACAACACUAGUUGUGGUAUCACCAAUACUAAUACCAGUAGUAGUGGUAGUGGAGGCAACAACACAAUUUUUGUUACUAGCAUCAGUAAUUCAUCUAGUAGUUCUGCGACACUUGAACCUCCACAUAUUUCAGUAUCUGUUCGACGUACUUCAACACAACCACCACCAUCAAAUCAAACUAGUAAAAUCCCAUCCAACUCAACUGUUGCUCCAAGCGGUAGUGUUCUGGAAACACGGUCACGACCUCAAACAGUGAAUGCGUCUAUAACAGCCGUAGAGUCUUCGAAAUGCAAUCCUUCUGGUCAACUAUCCGGGUCUGUGUCACUGUCCUCGGUAACAGCUGUGAGCAAUUCUAGUAGUUCGAAUAAUUUGAGCAAUAAUUCACCUUCCAUUCCAACAACUACCCAAAGUAAAUUACGAUCUAGUCAACGUUUUGAGUCAUCUCUACCACCUCCAGACGAUGAUGUUGCUUCUGUACCGGGACCACAAUCACAUUCAUCGAAACGACGCAGAAUGGAAGCGGCCAGCGCGAAUUUGACUAGUCCUAAUGGGUGCAUUUUAAGUGUGACAACAUCCAAGGCAUCAGUGAACACAGUUGACGAACCACGUGAGUCACAUAAAUCUUCCACACGUAAACGUUCAACUCCCACAACUAUUCCAGGAAGUGCACCGAUCACUCCAGAAACUGCUAUACAAAAUUUACGCUACACAAAUGCCGGUAUAGUUUCCAACACUGUUCCCAGUGUUAAUUCUUGCAGCGGCGGUAGUAGUGGUACUGGUAGUCGUUCAACAACAAGUCCUGGUGAAAAUGUUUACCCUGUUAAUUCUUCUCUACGUCAUCAUCAUCAUCAUCAAUCUAGACAGUCGAGUCAUCAAAGAGCAUCAUCAGGUAAUUCUACUGAAAGUAGAGAACCAAGCUUAGAAAAUGAACGAAAUUUAAUUGCUUCCAGUUCAGCAGGUUUGGUAAAGAAAGCAAAGAAAGCUCAUCAUCACCACCAUCAUCAACGUUCGUCAUUAGAUUCAAUGAAUAUGGAAUCUAAUCUUAACAAUAAUAUUAAUAAUAAUCCGGGUUCUAUUACUAUAUAUUCAACUUCAGAAUCCCAAGGACCAUCUCGACAUUCACGUAGAUAAAUAUUAAACACCGAUGAAAAUCACAUCGGUUUUAUUCUACGGUCUUAUUUUUUUUCUCUCUCUCUCUCUCUUGUUUUUCCUUAAAUUCCUUUCUCCUAUCUAUCUCUCUCACAUACACAAACUCUUAUUACAAGUGAUCACAUAAUCAUCAUGUUCGAUCGCAUUUAGUUCAUACUUUCCUAUGAAUUGCACAGUUAUCGUGAAAAUAUCUACUGAGUUGUAUCAUAUUCUUUCUUAUCCUUUGUUUCCGUAAUUAAAGUACUUUCUAAUAUGUAGUUUUUUAUAAGCUAAACAUUUAAUCCUUGUACGCACGUUUGUGUGUGUAUAAGUACAUGCGCAUGAGAAUAAUCAAUUUUUGUUCCUUAUCCCGUGUAUCUUUCUAUGAUAGACAGUAUUGGCAGCAAGUUGACAAAUAAAAUGAAUUGCUCUGUUCGUACACAUCAAUCCUCUUUUUCGUCCUACAAUUUGUCGGAAGGAGGGGUUAAACAACAUUUCUUACAAAAUCGUAGAAGUGGAAUAGCGUUUCAGUAAAAUAUAGAAUCCCAUACGAUCCUAUUCGUUUCUUUCCAUUUAAGUCACUUAAGUAACUACUCAGAGGCAAGUUGUUGUGCUCUAUGCACGUUUGUUGUAUGAGUGAGAUAUAUUUGUAAUUCAAAAUAUUUACUUUGCCCAUUCUACUAAUAUGUUGAAUCGGUACUACAUAUUACAUGUGAUUCUGAAUUCAGUAGUUGGUUCAAAACAACUAAUGAGAUCAAAUAAUGAAACCCAUGAAAUUACACUAAAGUAAGGAAUUAUUUAAACUCAUUGAUUUCUAGUUAUGUGAUCUAUACUCUCCAACCAUAGAUUACGAUUUUUGUGCGGUGCACAACUAGAAGUUCCACAACUUCCUAUAUACACAUUAUCAAUAGUCAGUGAUUAUGUGAAGUAUAUCGCCUUGAGUCAUGGAUAUAUUUUCCACCUUCCAAGACGUCAAUAGGAUUCAAAUAGUUAUUUGCUUUGCCCAUUCUACGGAUAUGUUAAAUCAGUACUAAACAUUACAUGUGUUUGUGGGUUCAGUAGAUAUUUCUCAUGCGUUUACAUUUGUCGGGAUACCGCUAUAUUCUAGUGAAGAAAGAGCCGACGUAGGCCGCUUCCUGUUUGAAAGGCGUCUGUGUACUUAUGGAAGGGUGGUCCUAAAGGAACUGACAAGGAUCUUAUAUACUCUUCGUCUAAGUGUUUAUCUAAUUUGAACGUCAAUUACAAAAUAUAUCUAAAGCUCCUAGACUAGCUCUAGAAUUCUAAUGAAUGAAAAGUAUCCUUAUUGGAAGGUGUGGCCUCAAUGAGCAAGUAUCACGGCUGAUUUAGACAGACAGAUAUCUUCCGAUUUCUAUGUUUGCGAACUGAUAUUAGCGAUCAUUUUCUGAAAGUCAAUCGUCUUUUUGUCAUCACUAGCCUUGUCUAAAUUAACUACUAGUGACAUAAGCUUUGUUAAGCUCUCUCAUAAAAAGAAAACGGCUGAUAAAACUAAUAAUGUCCACCAAGUCUUGUUAAUAAUAAACGAAACGAAAAAAAUCCAUUGCAAUACAAAACAGGAUCGAAACGAACCACAGAAAGUCACAAAGGAAUGAAAGCAAAGCGAUAAGCCUAACAUGGAAAGGCUGGGACGCAACCGAUCAUUUGUAAAUGACUCCAACUUAUUGAAGAUAUGUUUUCCAACGCAUAAAGAGGGUUUCAGCUUGCGUAAAGUCACGGCUUCGAUAAAACUUGGUAUGCGACCUUUAAGACUUCUGUGUAACACUACAUUGGCUGACGUUUUAUUAACCAUAUGACAAGUCUCAACCAAAUACUUAUCAAUGUAUGGAGAUACUUGUCCAUCCUGUGAUCUUAUUUGACCAUUGGAAUUCAUCUGUUUCAGCAGCUAUUUAAGUAUGUGUCCAACCACCUUUUAUCGGAGAUCACGAUUACAUCUGUCUAUGUAUGUGUUUCCGCACAUACAUGUAAAUUGAUAGACGCAAUAGAAUGUGGCAAUAGUUUACAUGGUGUUUACGUUCCUAGUGAAACAUAGAUCUUGAGUUUUCGAUAGUGAUGAGUUGGGCUACGUAAAAGGUUUUACUGAUAUCCAGUUUACGCCGUUUUCAAGAUAAGCCAAUUUGUGUCAUCUCUGAAUGGUAGGGAAAACUAUGAUCGAUUUUCGGGUCUCAUGAUCUUGCUGCCUUUUCGAUGGUUUAUAAACCUUAAUGAGCAACCGUUAUUUAUCAAUGUUUCAAUUAGGGUCUGUACAUCUCCCUCAAUCGUAUCGCUAGUGCAAGUACGACUGAUCCUAUUGAAUAAGCCCCUUAUAAUUCCACGUUUGUACCAGAUUGGACAGUGACCAUGGAAACUAAGAUACUGCUUUGUCCAUAUCAGUUUUCUAUAUACAGAACGUUUUGAUGGAACCAUUAUCUUUCCUACUGAUCAGUAUGUCUAUAAAAAGGACCCGGUUAUUCCAUAUAUACCAUAAACACAUCGGCCACCAAUUAUCAUAAACAGCUACCCAUAGCUAUGCCAUAGAUCAGUCCAAAAUGCUCUUCCUCAAAAGCGAAUUUCACAUUGUCAGUACAUAGUAAUAAUAAUAAAUCUCUAAGAGAUUUGACAGGCAACGUCAGUUGAAGACUGUUUAAUGGGGCGUAGUCACACAAAGCACUAAUGGUCUUUCUAAAAGAUACAUUUGUACACAAAGCGUUUACUCAAAGGAAGAUAUUGUCUUGGUUUCUGUAUUAGCAUCCAAUAAGUAACUAAUUGAUUCCAAUGAAUAUUUCAAAGAAUACUCACAAG